AGUCAAGCGAACGUUUUAUUUUGUUUGAAUUUCCCAUGUUUCAAGGUUACAUUGCUACCUCAAACAGAGCGUGAUAUGAGUUGGCAUUUAAUACAGGAUGAAUGAAAAUGUCGUUAAACUUUUACCUAGAAAAGAAUACGUUUCUGCCUACACACAAUAUAUGAGCGAUGAUGGAGGACAAAGACUAUCAGCAGCGGCAAUAGCUGGUAUUUCUAUUGGAGUAAUUGUUGGCGUCCUUAUCUUAAUAUUGAUCGGUGUAUUGAUCUACUACUUUCGUCUACGGCAUAAACGUUAUGAAUGCGCCUAUGAUACAGAAGAAGCUCUGGGAAAUAAUUUCACAUCAGCUGAACACGCCUUACAACAAAAAUAUCAUAAUCAUCCUGAUGUUAAAGCAGAGUUGUAUAUAUAAAAAAGAAGGCCGAAAAAGAAACUCACUCUCUCUCUAUCUCUUGCUCUCUUCGUCUAUGAUUCUUUCUGUACACUAACAAUAUUACAUACUGCUGAUAGGUUGAACAGUAGUAGGUAGCAUGAUGCUUUUAUUUAAUCUGCUUUUACAAAGAACUGCAGAUUUACAUAUAUAUAUAUAUAUAUAUAU